UAAUCCCAAGUGAUGAAAUAACUGAGAUGGAAAGUGAAGAAAACUGCGAAAUUGGGCUUAGUCCUGAAGACUUACAAAGAAAGCUGUAUUUUUUAAAUGAACAGUUGCAAGUCAUGGCCAAGGAUUUGCCACUUAAAUAUCAGCAAAGACUUCCCAACGAGUUACUGUGUGGUCUAGCUGAAUCACUUCUGGAUAACACAGUGUUUGGUAUUGUAGACAACUUGAUGGAUAUCCAACAUGUGACAGAGAAACAGCUUUUUCAGCAACGCUUGCAGUUCUUGAAUAAACAUACUCUGGCAAUGCAAGAACUGGCGAUGGACACGAGGAUGGAUGAUGUCACAAAGACAAACCACCGUACCCGAUUACAGGCUACUCACAGGAAAGAACUCCAGCUCUUCGAUAUGAAAUUAGUUACUGAAUUAGAUAAAAAGGUGUGUGACCAGCAGAGAAUCCUUGAGAUGGCUGGAGUACCAGGGUUUGAAGUCACCAAUGAUCCUAUCAAGAUCCAAGUUCAGAUCCGUUUAUUGGAUUUUAUCCUGCGGCUCAGUCAAAUGCAAGUUCCCCCCUAGCAGGAGCUAUUGAUGGCCUGCAACUAGUUCUUGCUUGCCAUCAAUUUCAGUGCUUAUUCAAAAACAAUCAGACAAAGUAUCACAUAAUUCAAUAUAUUGUGAGGGAAAUUCUUUGUGAUUGUUGGACCUGACUAGGAAGGUUUUGGACUGAUGUUAUAAACGAAUACUAUAUGGAAUAGUUAUACUAUGUAUUAUUGUGUAUAUCAUUCAUAUAUGACUUAAUGGGAAUAACAUUUAGGAUUUUAAUGAUUAAUUUUCUAAAUAAGAUAUGUUUUUACGUAACCUAUUGUAAAUUACGACAUGUUUUUAUAACAAAUGAUGCUGUAAAUAAUAAUGUACCACUAGAUGGCGUUAUUACAAGCCUAAAUUUAUUCCAUGAAUGUUAUUGGAGCUUCACAUAAGCCAUUUAAGUAUAAUUGUAUAAUAUUUACUGUUCUAAAAUUACAUUGAUUACGAGCGUAAAAUAUACAUAUAUGUACAUGAAUUAUUUAUUCAUAUUUUAAAUUAAGUAUUUGUUGAAUAAGUUGCAAAGUUCUUGCAAUUAUCUGCUCAUUCAUAAAUAAUUGAUAAAAUAGAACUUCAAGUUUUCAUACAUAUAAAUUAAUGGAUGUUACAACUGUCAAUGUAACUUAUUCAUUACAUUACAUUAUCCUUUA